AAAUCUGCAAGAAAAAUAAAAUAAACAACGUAAAGGAAAUAGCAGAAGUUAAUAUAAAAUUUUCAAAGCAAAAUCAUUAUAAUUGAAAUACGUAUUGAAUUUCGAAAAAUUGUGUUUAUUAGUGCAAAGUAAAGAAUAAAACGAGUCUUAAUUGGAUAUGUGUAAUAAAAUUGCCUGUGAAAAGUGAAAGAUAAACUGUCAGUGCUGAAGUGACCUGGAUGCUGGUAUUUUAGAAAAUCGUAACACCCAAGUGUUUCUCCAAAAGGUGUCCAGAUGCACGGAGCCUAUCGGUGCGCAAGAUUUUAGAAGCUAAGUAAAGAAUGACACACGAUAGAAAAAUGCUUGACCGAGAAGCCGUACGUUCUGUCAUCCAGCAAUGGAAUGCGAAUCGUUUGGAUCUGUUCGCUUUAUCCGAACCUGACGAGAAUCUUUUAUUUCAUGGCGUUAUGCGUUUUUAUUUCCAAGAUGCUGGACAAAAAGUGGCAACUAAGUGCAUUCGUGUUGCCUCUGACGCAACAGUCUCAGAUGUUAUUGAUACCCUUAUCGAGAAAUUCCGUCCCGAUAUGCGUAUGCUCUCAGUGCCAAAUUACGCUCUCUAUGAGGUGCAUGCAAAUGGCGAAGAGCGGCGUUUGAACCCUGACGAAAAGCCAUUGCUUGUACAAUUAAAUUGGCAUAUCGAUGAUCGUGAGGGUCGGUUCUUGUUAAAAAACAUCGACCAAAAAACUACGCCAAUCGAACAGUCAGAUAUGAACUUUAAGCGGAAACUGUCUAAACGCGAAAAGAAGGAACAAAAAAAGAAAGAAAAAUUGGCAAAAUUGAACUCUGAAUCGGCAGCUGGCGGCUUUAACGGUGGCAUCGUCAACGGCGGAGUAGAGGGUGAAACCCAGGUGGCUGGCAAACUUUAUACUGAACUACCGGAGACAUCUUUUACGCGCUCAAUUUCAAAUCCCGAAGCUGUUAUGCGUCGACGACGACAACAAAAGCUUGAAAAGAAGUUACAACAGUUCCGCUCGCGCGACGGCGGACCUGACACCGGCGGUACAUUGAAGAUUUACGGCGAGAGUCUUUGCCAAGAUGUCCCUUACAAAACAUUGCUGCUAUCAAUACGCGACUGUGCGCAAGCAGUCGUCAGGGAAAUGCUAUCGAAAUAUGGUUUGGACAAAGCUGAUCCCUUACACUAUUGUUUGGUGCAGGUGAACAGUGAUGGCACAGAGUAUAUAUUGGACGAUGAUGAGUGCCCGCUAUCGAUACUGAUGAAUCACCCAACAUCGCGAGGUUCUAUUAUGUUCCACGUGAGGCGGCGUCCGGCGGACUCUCAACCACGUCGGCGCAAGAAAAAACCGCUAGGUGCUUCAAAUGGCGCCAACAGCAUAGCCAGCGAUCGAGAGGGUGCAGUUUUGGUGGAAGUCACACAUAGCGGAGAUGGAGGACGUCGCAUUAAAUUGGGCAGUGACCCAAUCGAGGUUGGUUCCGCAAACACGAACUCGUUGCAGCUGUUUGGGCCAUCGAUACAAGCGCGCCAUUGUCUGAUUUCACUACUGGAGGGUGUUUGCACAGUGACGCCAUUGCACACUGAUGCAUUAACCUUUGUCAAUGGCCACCACAUAACACAACCAACAAUUUUGCAUAACGGCUCUGUCGUGAUGUUUGGACGUGUGGCCUCAUACAGAUUUUUGGACUCACCAACCGAUGGACGCUACAACCUCGCUUUGUCGCAAUCACAGCUGGAUUCAGCCUGUCUUUAUGAAAGUCGUUCACCAACUUCGCCUGGCUCCUGGAACGAUGAGGACGGCGCGUUAAACUCAGCAAACAAGAACGAAAGUGGUGGCACCAGCAACAAUAGCGGAAAUGGCAGCGGAGGUGGAGGUAUGAGCGUCACAGAACAAUCGUUGGGUAUGCGGGAUCAAGAAGAAAACAAGGUGCGCUCUGCUGAUCCUCUCAGUCACGCUAGCAGCGCGGCCUUCGACGGCCAAAGUAUUGAGGGUAAUUUGGAAAAUGAAACCAAAUCCAUUUCAAGCUUAAAGUCGGGCGGCUCCAAUAGCCAGGAAAGAUCCCCGAAAAUGACCGGUAGUUCGGAGAAUCAAGGCCAGGAGGCAAUUCUACCCGCCGUCUUGGAAUUUCCUGAAACACAUCAGGAAUUAUUCCUUAGACACAUCAUAGGCGAAUUGGAUGUGAAUGCGCCGCAUUUCAAGCUGGCGCCAGUGUACUCUCUGUAUUUAUGUGCCAGAUAUCGUGCAUCGACGCACUAUCGCCCCGAACUGCAGCCCACAGAACGUGCCCACAAAUUGACAAUUUUUCUGCAUCAUGUGGCCAAUUUGAUUUACACCGUUGUACAGGAACAAUAUUCCGAUCCACGCAUUCUGGCUUUUUGGAUGGCCAAUAGUUCGGAGUUCUUACACUUCCUGAAAUCGGAUCGUCAUAUUAGUGCGUUUAGCGUUCAAGCUCAAGAAGUACUAGCCGAGAGCGUGCAAACUGCGUUUCGAAAUUUGGUGAAUUGUUUCCGCUUGGAAUUGUCGCAGACCUUGAAUCAGUUUCUCUCGGAAACCAUCGAUCACGACUCGGCUGCAGGACUAGUACUCACUGUACUGGGAUCCGCAAUGGCUUUGCUGCGCCGUUGCCGCGUUAAUGCUGCACUAACAAUUCAACUUUUCAGCCAGCUUUUCCAUUACAUCAACGUGAUUUGCUUUAAUACGAUUGUGGCCAAUUCCCACAUGUGCACGGCGGAAUGGGGGAAGGUUAUGUCAGAACGCCUCCAACUUUUGGAGUUAUGGGCUGAACGCCAAGGACUGGAACUGGCGGCCGACUGUCACCUGGCAAAGAUCAACCAGUGCGCACAGUUUCUCCAAGCACCCAAAUCGUCCGUCGAAGAGAUACAACAAUUGGCUUGUUCCUGCUUCCGUUUGAACUCUUUGCAAAUGUCCGCAUUGCUGCAGCAAGAAAAGAUACCACGAAAUUUAGUGGACACUGCAAUAAGAAUGGCCGAGUCGGUGGCGGACGAGCUUACGCGUUCGGACGGUCGAGAGGUGCGCUUGGAAGAAUCGCCAGAAUUGCAUUUAGCUUUGCUGUUACCCGAUGAUGGCUUUAGUUGUGAUGUUGUACGUGGCAUUCCGUCCGGUUUGGUGGAUUUCUUGAAUCCACUACAACAACAAGGCAUGUGUCGACUGGCUGCGCAGCCAACUUCAAUUGGUUUGUGGACUGUCUACAUGCACCAAUUCAAUGCCCGUUCUUCAAGCGCCAUGUCCAAUAAAUUGCCGCAACCUGAGGUUCAGGUAAUAAAGCUGCACAAGAACGCCAACGGCAUGGGCUUGUCAAUAGUAGCAGCAAAAGGCGCAGGCCAGGAGCGUUUAGGCAUAUAUAUCAAGAGUGUUGUGCCUGGCGGCGCGGCUGAUGCUGACGGUCGUUUGCAAGCAGGAGAUCAGCUCUUACGCGUUGACGGCCAGAGCCUGAUAGGCAUAACUCAAGAAAAAGCGGCUGAUUACCUGGUUCGCACUGGUCCUAUAGUCACUUUAGAGGUGGCAAAACAAGGCGCCAUUUAUCACGGUUUAGCCACUUUACUACAACAACCAAGCCCGGUCAUAACGCGCGCCAUGAAUGCUUCGAAAUCACGCAGCACCCACAGCCUCAUCACCAAUCCCAACAGCAACUUCACUGGCGGCGUCAACAGCCUAAACAACAACGAGCAGGGCUUCUAUCAGAACUUAAGCGUUUACCGUGCACAAAAUCAAAGUCAACCGAUUUUAGCCGAAAGACCGUCAAUAUCGCUUCAUUCCGCAAUGAGCACCCACAAUGGAAACUCCUCCAACAACGGACCAAAUCCAAUACUGUCACCAGCAAAUGGAACCGCGUCAAUGCACCACCCAGCAUUUACAUCGCAACAACAACAACAACUGCAUCACUCAUCAAUAACUUCCCCAACAGGGUCUAACAACAUGCCACCUACCCGCCCAGCGUCCGCAUAUUAUCACAAUGCCAACACAGUGCCAUCGACAAACAACAAUCAACUGCAACAGAGCUUGGCAGCACAACAACAACAACAAUUUAUGCACCACCCACACAAUAUGAGUGCAAGCAGCAGCAAUUUGAACAGUGGCAACAUGACAGCGGCCACCCUUCAGCAGUACCAGCAGCAGCAGCAACAACAACAUCAUUUGUCACAAAUGCCGCCACACUCCUCAUUGACGAUGGGAAACCGAUCGAGAAGCACACAAAAUUUCAAUCGGGAUAUGCAAAAUCAGCAUAGCCUGCGUAUGCAACAAAUGAUGGCGCCGUCAAUGCCGAACAUUAGUGGUUUGUACCAGCAACAACACAUGUCUGCCAGUCAGAGCAUGCAGAAUGUAAAUAUGAGCGGAGUGGACACGGGUAUUGCGUAUCAAAAUGGCGGCGGAGCUGAUACUUAUAUGCAACAGCCACAUCAACAACAACAACAGCAGCUGCAGCACUCACCAGCUGGUCAAACACUUCGUCGCAAUCCACGUCACGAGCUAAUGUCGCAGGCUGGCGGUGAAGGUGCGCAACAUUCGCCCAACCCAAUGCAACAGCAAAACUUUGUAUCGCUGCCGCCGAAGCCGGGUAGCAUGCAACAAGUGUCCCCGAUGAAGCAACAGCAGCAGGCCCAACAACUGCCUCCCACAGCACCGAAACCACACCCAAAUCGCUUGCAACAACAGCAAUAUAUGCAGCACCAACUACAACAACAACAAGGUCAUCAGCAGCACCAUCCGACGUACCAGCAAAGCAUUGAGGAUAAACCUCCACUGCCGCCAACAGCAACACAUCCACUUUUCAAACCCACGCAGCAAAUAACACCGGGCAUGAAUUAUGUUGCCAGCUCCAUAGAUCCACCCAAAGGUGGUUAUGUGCCAGUGUCAUCCACAGUAGCGGCACAAAACCAGAAAAACUUCAUGGGUACCAAUCCGUGGGAACGUGAAGAGCGCGAAAAGGAGGUUGAAAUUCGACGGGAGCAUAUACGUCAAUGGCGAGAACAACAAAUAGCCGAACUCUCGUCCUUGCCACAAAGAACACCACAACAAGAAGAACAGUUAAAGACAUUAAUUCUGGAACGUGAUUUUGAAAGACGCGCGCAGGAGGUGGAAGAGCAUGAGGAUGAGAGUGAAACUUCGUAUGAAAAAGAAAAUUUGCAAGAAGCUUACCGCUUACAAACAAGCUCUUUACAAAAUCCGCUGACGAAUUUCAGACAAACAGAAAUAAAAAAUACAACCCUCUCCGACAAUGUAGGAGGAGGUUCUAACAGCGCCUCCGGAUCUUUAGACGCAUCGCCGUUAUCAUCAGCACGCAAUUCAGCAGCUGGUGGAUCAGAUGUAGCACCGGUUCAACAACAACAACAGCCACCUCCUUUGCCGAACAAUCCACCCCCUCCGGUUGGAGUCAAUGCGACAACCGUGGUGCAACCUAAAAGUAUUCUGAAGAACAACCGUUAUGAUAGCGGCAAUGGUACGGCACCAUCAUCGCCAUCCAAAUCGCAAAAAUCAACUAGUUUCGCGGACGAUAGACAUUUACAAACUGAGCACCCAAUUUCAAGUUUGGCCAAGAAUCUUUCGCAAUUGUCAAUAAAUAGCCUAGGUUCUACUGGCGGCCUCGCAUCCACCUCGGGCGCUGGCACCUCUCCACCACACAAUGCCAGUGUAGACAAUGCAGCAGUUCCACCGCCUCCACCACCAGAACGGAACAGCUCGUAUCUCAUAAUGUCACAACAAAAAUUACGCAACUCUUCCAUCGGACUACUAAAGACCGCCACAAGCAAUUCCGCUGAUUUGCUCAAUCAGAAUCAGAGCUUGGUGAAGAAGGCUAAUAUGCUAAAUAACAAUGCUAUAAUCAAUAAUAAUAAUAACAACAACAACAGCUUGAAUUCGCCCACAUCAGCAGUGGCUGCGAACAGCACGGCGGUGAACAGCAACAAUAUGGCCCAAAUUUCCACACCAGAACUGUCGCCGUCAGGCUACCUGAGCAGCAGCGGCAGUAGCAACAUGUUGUUGCGGGAUAAUAAGCGCGUCUCAUUCCAUGACGAGGAGAACAACUACACGGGAGGUUCACAGUUGUAUGGAGCAAGCGCCACAGGGUCGUCUUCCGACAUGUACGCCACAAAUGUCGACAACCAAAUGCCUCUAGACCUGGAUGCCAUACUGGAGGAUAGGAACCAUCGCGCGCGUAUGUUCGACAACACGGUCUUAGAAACAUUGCCAACUUCACCGGAUUCUGUUCUCUGGAAUACAACAGUGCAAUCCACUCCAGGUGUUAUUGGAGCACAAGAAGUAUACAGGGAUCCCCGCCAACGACGGCUUGCCGAAAAACAGCAGCAACAGCAACAACGCAGUACCGAAGCUGUCCCAGAGAAAUUGUCGUUCAAAGAGAAAAUGAAAAUGUUUGCCUUAGAAUCGGGAGAGGACAACACGCCUAAAGACAAACUGAAAAUCUCACGAGCACAACGAGACAUCGACGCUGUACACUGACUUACAAGCCCCUAACACCACCCAUACACCAACAAAUGUACACAACACUAGAAUAUGCUUAAGUAAAAGAAAACCAAUAAUAACAAUUAAAAAAAAACGAAUUUGCUAAGCAAGGCAAUAAUUUAAAAUAUUAUGUAAUAAAUAAAAACAAAGGCAGAAUAAAUAUUUAAUCGAAGAAGCAGACGAAUGUGAAAGUGAAUUCCUUUUGAAUGAAGAAAGAAACAAUAUGUUUAUUUAGUUUUAGUUCUUUAACCUUGUACACAACAAACAUUUAGUAGUCAUAAUUAUCAUUGUGCAUUAAGUGAAAUGUAAAGUAUUUGAAUUGAGUAGUCGAUACUAAGAAAAAGUUAAUUCGAUAAUUUUUCGUAUGCGUAGUUAGUAGCUUAAGAUCGAUAAAGUAUGAAAUGCAAAUGAAUUUGACACUCGAAAUAUUUACCUACAAACUUUUAUUGAAAAUAGGCAAUACCACAAACACAUGUACAUUUAUUCGUUUCGAAACUGAAGCAGUGAAUUCAAGCGACAACAAACGUACUAUUUUUAUAACUAAAUUUAUUAAAAAAAUUAUUGUCAUAUUAUACACCGUACGACAAGCUUGCGUAAAUGUCAGUAAAAAUACAAAUAUAACUCAACAUAUAUUUUAUAUCCGUUAUUGAAUGUGUAUAUUUUCGCAAGAUGAAAACCCAGAAAUGCGAAAAUUAGUGUAACUGUAAACAAAUCUUUAACAAAUACAAAAAAGGAACACGAAACGGGUUUCUUUACGAUGAACUAUGGCUUUAAUGAAGAAAUCAUGAAAGAGGGAACUUAUUAUGAAAUUUAUUGAUUUAAAAAAAAAACAACUUCUAACAGCAAAAAUAAUAUAUUUAUAUAUACAUAUUUUAGUGAUGUGUGUAAAAAUCGCAAUGCUAAAUUGUUAUAUUCGAAUAAGUCACUAGAAACACAUAUGAAUUUACAAUGUAUAGAUAAAUUCGAUUAACCUGCAUUCCAAACUCGUCCCUGUACUAAGAAGUUUGUAUAAGGAAUUUUGAAGUCAACUGCAAUGCAACUCUAAUUGAAGAUUUCGUUUAUUGAAAUUAAAAUGUCCAAACCAUUUAGGUAUACAUUUUGUAAUAAGUAUUCCGGUAGUUACACGUAAGCUUGAAAAGUUCAAACAUGAACACUCUAUGUUAUUAUACAUUAAAAUAAAUCAAAAUAUAUAAUAUUUCACAAGAAAACUUAUAACCGUUCUUUGUAAAAACUUUGAAUCUCCACCAAUGACUAAAAAGUCUUCUGAAUCUUGGACGAUUUAUUAAUUACUUUAUUUUAGAAUACCAUAUACCAUGCAUCUCUACAUAUUUACCACUUUUGACAUCUUUAGAUAUUUGAAAUCGCUGCACAACCGAUUUUGCCUUGAACGCAGACUCAAGACAAGAAAAAUAUACGCAACAAGGUAUUGAUUCUAGUAAGAAUUAAUGCUACUAGAAGAAUACUAAGAGGUAUUCGUUUAAUUUGAUUGCAGCUGAAAAUUACGUUUCUGAUACAUUAAAUUAUUAAUUUGUUGUCAUUGCAAGUACUUUAACUACUUUUUGAAUUCACUAUCUUAUUUCAUUAGUCAUAUUUCAUAUACAACUAAUAGGAAAUAAAUUAGAAACUUCAAUUGGUACAACAAGAAGACCGUAAAAUGCUUUAAUCUUAAAAUAUAGAAAAAAUUAAUCUUUUGAACAUUUUACUAAAACUUUACAUAACCUUAAAAUUAAGUAAAAAUACGAUAUUUAUGUAUGUACAAUAUAUGACUAGUUGGUGUAAGUAUGUUUACUUAUGCUUCUAUUCCUAAACACUAAACGUUUGAGUAUGUGUAGAAGGGUAAAUGUUUAUGAAGGAAUUCAGGCAAAGCCUACUCCCGAAUGCUUUAAAAAACCGAAAGAAUUUAUGAAAAGAAAAAACUAGAAUUAACAAAAGUUGGGCAUUUUAAUACGACCAAAAUAUCAAAACUCUGAAUUGGCAUACGAUAUGUAUGUACAUAUAUAUUUACAUACUUAUUUGUAAUGCUGCACCGCAAAUCGUUAACAGUUACACAAACAGAAGCAAAAAUAUCUAACAAAUCAGGGGAAACUUAAAUGAUUAUAUUUAACAAUCCGACUUGAAGAUAUGUAUAAAGAGAGAAAGUUUUUGAACUCGCUGAAUAUGAAAUUAAUUAGCUUUAAUUAAUAUGUCGAAAAUAAUAUUGAAAUAACAGUAGUAUGUAGUAAAUGUGUCUUUAUCCUUUUUGAACUAUGGUAGAAAAAUACAAACUGAAGUAUCUUGAAAACUAAUUAACACUAUGCACAUUGUUAAGAAAAAAUAUCUUAGAAUAAAGUGUUCUAGCUUAGUUUUAAAAAGCAUAAUUAA